AUGAUCGCUCUGUGCCUGUUCAGUUUCCUGUUGGUUGGGGCUUUAGGAUAUCCAGCACCCCAAGACGAUGCUCUACUUGACAGCAACAAUGACGUCAUUCCGCAAGGGGACGCCGCAUCAUUAAUUCCUGAAGGUGACGCUGAAGGUGCUGGUCUAGCUCCAGAACAGCCAGAACCAGAAACGGAAAUAGCGCUAGAAUCGGCACCAGCACCACAAGCUGAACUGGGUCCAGAGUUAGCAGCCGGUAAGGAAGAGCCUUCUGGUUUCGCUGCACCUUCUUCAAGAAGAAAGCCCACAAAGGCUGAUGAUGACGACAGUGCGAGCGAUUCAUUUCCCUUUGGAAUCUCAGGAGCAGCAGGAAGAGGUGCCUCCGCUUACAAUAUCUUCUUCCCAAUCCAGUUUAGUGGAGCAAGAGGCCGCAGCGGUGCUGGAGGUAGUGCCUAUAGUGCCAUAGCCAACUCUUUUUCUACUGGACGUAAAGGAAUUGCUACCAGCCACGCUACUUCAAUUGGGGACCCUGCUCUUGCCGCUGAAUUUUUCAACUUGAGGAAGCAAGGAAAAACUGAAGCCUGAGUUUUUCUUUACAUGUUGUAGUUAUAAUUUAUUGAAUGUGAUUAUGUAGAUAUUUAUGAAUUAAAAUAAAGUGUAUUGAAAAAAUAGCAUGUAUAUCUUUAACAAACUAGUAAUGUAGCUUUCGUCGUCCGAUCACACACCAC